CUGCAAGUUCUCCCCGCCUCCAGCUACGUCAGCAUCGUCCAAGAUGGCGGCGUCCAUUCACCGGGAGCAUCUUCUGCGGGCGCUCUGCUCGGUUCUGCUCAUCUGCUCGCUGCGCGGUGCCCGGGCGGAGGAGGAGCAGCAGAAGCCGGCUCACCGUAGGUUCGAGUAUAAAUACAGCUUCAAGGGUCCCUACCUGGUGCAUGCUGACGGCUCCGUCCCGUUCUGGACUCACACUGGCAGUGCUAUUCCCAGUGCCGAUCAGAUCCGAAUAACCACAUCUCUGAAGAGUCAGAAAGGAUCCGUCUGGACAAAAUCCGCCCCGAGCUUUGAUAACUGGGAAGUGGAGGUGACGUUUCGGGUAACCGGGCGUGGCAGAAUCGGUGCUGAUGGGCUGGCUAUAUGGUACACUACAGGCCAAGGCCUGGACGGAGAGGUGUACGGAGCUGCAGAUGCGUGGAACGGUGUCGGCAUUUUCUUCGACUCAUUUGACAACGAUGGGAAGAAAAACAAUCCUACCAUUUUGAUUGUGGGCAAUAAUGGGAAACUUCAUUAUGAUCAUCAAUCUGACGGUUCAACGCUAGCGCUGUCCUCCUGCCAGAGAGACUUCCGUAACAAGCCGUACCCCGUACGGGCGAAGAUUACGUACUUUCAGAAGACUCUAACCGUGAUGAUCAACAAUGGCUUCACGCCUGACAGGGAUGACUAUGAGUUCUGUGCCAAAGUGAAUAACAUGAUUCUGCCCCAGCAAGGUUUCUUUGGGAUAUCUGCAGCCACAGGAGGACUCGCAGAUGACCACGAUGUGCUGUCUUUUCUCACUUUUCAACUGACUGAGCCUGGCAAAGAUGAACCCGCAGUAGAUGGAGAGAUUCCCAAGGAAGAAAAAGACAAGUACCAGGAGGAGUUUGACAACUUUCAGCAACAACUCGAUAAGAGGAAAGACGAAUACAAUAAGGACCACCCAGAGCUGACGGAACACCCAGUAGAUGACCUGUAUGAGUCUGUAAAUGACCGGGAGCUCAGGCAGAUCUUUGAAGGCCAGAACCGCAUCCACCUUGAGAUCAAGCAGCUGAAUAGACAGCUGGAUAUGAUCCUGGACGAGCAGCGGAGAUACGUGAAUGCGGUGACAGACGAGAUGGCCAAGAGGGGAGGUGGCGACCAGGGCAAUCAGGCUUCUGCGCAGGAACUGGAGAAACUGUUCAAUGGGCAGAGGGAAGUUUUCAAGCAUGUUAGUGAAAUGAGGAACACGAUGGGUGAGACGUUACGACUGGCGACUGGGAAUCAGCACUUGGGCUCCGCCGGCUACGAGACCACACAGCACUUCAAUGACAUCAAAGAACAUCUUCACGUGGUGAAGAGGGACAUUGAGCAUCUGGUGCAGAAGAACCUGCCACAUGAAAAACAGAAAUGUCCGGAAGUCGCCGCCGUUUCCUGCUUGUCUACAACACAUUUCUUUAUCAUUGUAGCUGUGCAGAGUGUAUUGUUUAUCGGUUACAUGAUGUACAGAAGUCAGCAAGAAGCAGCAGCUAAAAAGUUCUUUUGAUGAUAUGGAAUACCAUGGACAUCCCAUUACGCCUGGAGUAUGUUUGUACCAGAAGGACUUUUCAAUACAGCUUGGCCAGAUUAAAUUAUUGAAUUUCUGGGAAAUGAGAACUUUUGGCGAUGUAUGGUUAUACAGAUGAGAAAGGGACAAAGAGUGAAAAUAGUGUUUGUUUUUAUUUUAUUUUUAAGAAACAAUUCCAUCAGAGAGCUCAGUAUCUUCACCCGGUUUCUUUCACGUUUGCUUUCUUUCUCCACAUCAUCCCUUGUUACUCAGGGCAAGACACUGAGGAGGCCUAUUUCACCCUAAAUGUGCUUUGUUGAUGUCCUUUUCUAAUUCAUCUUGCUGAACUUUCUGAUUUGUGAUCACGUUUUGGCUGUUGAAAACCACUGAAAGAUGUAUAAUAUUCCAGUAUUAGUAAAGGGAAGACCCUUAUGUAAAGUUAAUUCACCUUCAGAUGCCUUUUAUUAGUUGGCUUCGUUACGCCCUCCUGCAACUUUCACUUUAGUUUGCUUGAAGAUUCCGGCUUCCUGCUUUUACCAUGUCUCUGCCGUUGGGCAAUUUGUUGACACAUGUCCUGGAACCCAUUACAGCUUUGUGGCGUUUACCAGAGCAGUGAAUCUGUACAAUGCUGCCCGGUGACAGAGAUAAAACUAAAGCGAAAAUUGAAAGGAAAAUAUAUGUAUUUAGUAAAAGUGGUCGGAGGGCGUGCAGAAGUCAAUAUGUUGGUUAUGUACAGACGGAAACCCACUUUUACUAACAUGGCACAAUUCUGCUGUAAACCAUCACCAUACAGUAUUUUAUGUCACACUUGUUAGUGUCGGACUAAUAAAAGCUAAUUUAUAGAAUGUAUAGUACAUUUGUUGCUUAGCACACCUCGUCGUGCAUUGCUCCUUAACAAUAUAACCUGUAGGUAGUGCAAGCCUUUCAAGUACUUGAUGCCUAAUAGGUGACAUUGAUUUAUAAUGCAAAGCUGACACAGACACCAACACAAUCCCGAGCAAGUUAUGGCUUCAGGUACUGUUCUGAACAUGAAUGUAUUAAUGGAAAAUAGUGCGCUACAUUUUUUUGGCCCUUUUAUAAAUCCAUUUGUCUGAUGCAUGGGCAUUUUUUGUACAUAUACCUUUUCCUUUGGUUGCUAGAAAUACUAACUUGCAUCUCCAAAGUAGGUCAUCAACACGUUAUACUGGGUUCUGGUAACGUUCGUACGCCGGAGCAUCUGUGGCUUUCUCUCUGCUGCUUACGGUUUCAUAGCUGCAUUUUUUACGAAGGGCUUGGAACAUCUUAUCUGCCGGUACAUGGGACGGUGUCACUCUGACAGUCCUUUGCCACGUUGGUCCCUGCCCUUACACUAACUGUUUUAUGUGUCGACUGUAGACUACCUGUGAUCAGACAUGCUGAGAGUUGUAGUUCUGUAACUUUAGAAGCUCAGACAGGCCAAGAUUUGUGCAGUGUCGACUACUUGGAUAUCUAGCUGCGUGAAGACAGGACAGGCCGUGACAGAGGUUUGUGAUCACUGCUACAACCGUGGCCUUUCGGCGGUUCAGGGGCUGCUUGCCUUCAGCAGUUGUUCUUCGUCCAUAGUACUGGACUAGCAUUAAUGGGAGGCAUAGUAGUGCUACUGGAAUGUAUUUCAGCUUGUGUCCCCUCUUUGUCUGUCUUUUAUCCUCUCUAAGUGUAAGAACUUUUUACUACGGAAGUUUGGUUCCAAUUGCUGCCUGUGGAAGCGUCACCUUUUAGACACAACUGACCUGUGUCUGUUUUAACCAGUCAUUUUGCUGCCUUAAUAUACAUUUCAUCUCCAGAAUAUGCGUUUUAGGAAUCAAACUCGACAUUUCUUAUCUGACUGUAGAUUGCAUCCUCUGAUCAAUUGAAUCCCUAUUGUAUACAUCCAAACCAUCUAGGUGUGAGUAACGAUAUUCAGCUUCGUCACGUCUCAGUGCAGUCACCUGGUCAAGAUAAAAAAAAACCUGGAAGUCCUCUAAAGAAGCUACAGCAAUGUCAGAACUUGUGAGCACUCUGUGCAUCCUGCAUUUUGUAAUUGUGUUUUUGUAAAAAAAAAAGUGUCUCUCUGCCCGUGUGACUUGUAUAAAUCCGAGAGGAGACUGCAGUUGACCUGUAUAAAAUGAAUGUUUGAAACCAGUACUGACAAAAAAAAAAACAAAAAAAACAGUAUUUCCUAUAAUAGAUGCAAUAUAUUUUUUGUUUGUGUUUGUUUGAAUUGUUAAUUUGGAAAUCUGCAAUUGUAGAUUUUUUUUUUUUUUCCUGCUUGUAAAUGUUUGGCAUUGAAAAAAAAAAUGCCACCAGUGUUAUAGAACGGUACAGCAUCAUUGCCCAACGUAUUACCAAAAAGAGGGUGAUAUCGUUUUUAACCAAUAAUAAAUUCAAUAAAAUUUUGUUUCUGGGUUUAA